GCAAUUAGUUAUUUGUUCUUUGCCCAUUUAACAUGUUGUGGCACAAAUUAAUCGCCUUCGCUGUCCUCAGUUUGGUACUCUGCCAGCUACAUCAAGUCACCAGUGACGAUGCCAAUCCCGGCUGCCGGACAAAUUUCUCCCGUGUGGGAGACAAGUGUCUAUUGAUUGUCGAAGAGCGAGACGGCUGGUAUGAGGCUGAUCGCAAUUGUCGCGCUCUAGGCGCCGGUCUUCUUAGUCUGCAGAAUCCAAUUCAGUUGCUGGAGCUCAAUCAAUGGCUAAAUAACUCGGGACAACCAUUCGCAAAGGAUUACUGGACAUCGGGCAACAACCUGGGAAAUCAAUAUCGCACCUUCUUUUGGCAAAGCACUGGCAAAGAGGCAACCUAUAUACCCUGGGCAGCGGGUCAACCGAUACAUAUUGACAAUUGCCUGUUGAUCGAGUCCUCUGAGAUAUUUAAUGCGAACUAUCGCCUAUCCGUCACUCUUUGCAGCAUGGUAAUAUCUUCAGUCUGUGAGCAUGCUCCUCUGAAUUAUACUUUGAGUAAUGUAACACGAAUCUGUCUAAAGCCAGACAGCUUCGAAACCGUUCAGGUGCUGGUUAACUAAAUAAAAGUUGUGUUCAAAUAUAUUUAUUGUUUUUAAUAAGGAAUGGAAUUCAUAUUCUGUACUUUAAUUCGGAAAUAAUAAA